UCUUUGCGUUUUCUUUUUCCUGUAUAUCUGUCUCUGUCUCACAUUUGCAUUACUCAUCAAAACCCGGAGAUCUAUAGCAAGUUGUUGUUUUUGUUAUAAUUUAAAUCAGGGAUGGAAGAGGAAGGAAGUUAUUUGUCCUAAAUGAGGAGAGAGCGGGGUGCAGUUCUCAUGGCGGCGUUGCAGGGGAUCUAAUUCCGUGCCAUUAUUGCUGGGAAUUGAAGGAGAAAAAGAAGAAGCCAUAAUCGUUUGCAGGAAAAAAAAAGGAAACCCCAAAGAUCAGAAAGGAAAUUGAAACUGGCUAGUGUAUUAAAUUUUCUGGUCAUUGAAGGUAAAAGAUCGGGUCAAACCCCCCUUCCUACAAACAUUCACAGACUAACAGUGGCCUUUAAAAACUGAACAGGAAAAGUUUCCACAGUUGAAACCCAUAAAGACCCCAGGGAAAAUCCUACCAGCUCAUCACACUGGUGAUCUGGCGGUGAAGUGGGGGCACUAAAUAGGGUCAUUCUGCUAUGGAAUUUUGGUCAAAUUUGAGAUUGGUUUCAGCUCUUGGGUGCAACAAAUGGCUGGCUUGAUCUAUCUAGGUGGACGAGAAGGAGGAGCAGCUGCAAACAAAUCACAAGGUGGAGAUAAAGAGGAGAACUUCUAUCUUUACAGAAACGAGGAGAUCUACAACAAAGGGUUUGAGAUAUGGCCUCAGUGUUAUUACCAACAGCAAAACGUCAACAACUUGCCGUUUGGAGUGGGUCCUAGUCGAAGAACCAGCGGCUUUAGUUUCUCCGAUGAGUCGUCCUCGAGAACAGCAGGGUUAACGAUUAUGAAACCAGGAGGUAUGAACUGCCAAGAUUGUGGGAACCAAGCUAAGAAAGAUUGUCCCCAUUUGAGAUGCAGGACUUGUUGUAAAAGUCGAGGGUUUCAGUGCCAAACUCACGUUAAGAGCACUUGGGUCCCUGCUGCCAAAAGGCGAGAGAGACAGCAACAACUCGCUGCUUUGCAACAAACCCAGCAGCAGCAAAAUCAACAACAAGAAGAACAACAACAGUUUCGAGGAGAGAAUCCUAAAAGGCCGAGAGACAGCCAUGCUUCUCCUUCUCUUGCCUGCACUCGUUUAUCUCCCACCAUGUCAGGGUUGGAACUGGGCCAAUUCCCUCCGGAAGUGAGUUCUUCAGCAGUCUUCCGUUGUGUAAAAGUAAGCCCUAUGGACGAUGUAGAGGGGGAGUUGGCUUAUCAAACUGCUGUGAACAUCGCUGGGCAUGUAUUCACGGGAAUUCUUUACGAUAGAGGCCCCGAGAGUCGAUAUGCAAGUGGCGGGGAAUCCUCUCAGCCAUUAAAUCUCAUCACAGCUGCUUCUUCCACUGCAGCAGUGGCCACAACGACAACCACCACCGCUACUACAAGCAAUCCUGGCUCAAGUAUGAUUGACCCUUCUCUUUAUCCAGCUCCACUUAAUGCUUUCAUUGCCGGCACGCAAUUCUUCCCGCCUUCAAGGUCUUGAUUUACUGGGAUGUCAACAAUUAUUCCACAGUCCACACUGAUCUCUAUGAGAGCGGAUCCCUUCCGGCAAAAAACACCCAUUUGUUAUUAGCGGUCACUUUAGUUAUGUAGUUUGUCAAAUCUUAUUUAACACCCAUCCAAGAACAAUAAAUUGGAAUGAGAAUUGAAACUUUUGAGGAUGCUUAUGAUAUUGGGGGACGUUGGUUAUUGUUUUCGGAUUUC